CGAGCGCGCGGCCAUGUUGAAUUGUGAAUAUUCCGAAAGAAGAGACAAAAGAGUUAAAAAACUCGGUGGAUUUCUGCAAACAGCGAGUAUUUACCGAAACUUAAUUAAAACUGAUGAUAUAAAGUAAAGCAACGACACAACUGGGAAAACUUUGGGUGGAUGUAGCAAAGUGAAGGUAGCAUCUUCCUCCGACUGGGUAACCUGGACUUCUUGUUGAUCGGCAAUCCCCCAAGCACUUUGCAGACUGCCAUCUCAAGUUUUGCUACAGGAGUAAAGGAAACCAGAAAGACAUAACCACAGACUUUAAAACUGAACUGUCCAUGUGAAAGACAAACACAGUGCUGGAGUGACUUUUUUUUUGAGCCAGUAUUGAGCCCUAGAGAAGAAGACUUUUUGAUGUCACAGGAACAAAUCAUAGUCUGAGACGUGACCAAGAAGAUCAUAUUUUACUACUGGCCAUUAUGAAUGUAUAAAAAUAGCACUUGGACUUAAAAAGCCAAGAUUCACGAAGAACACAGAAAAUUUUGGAUCAUCAAUACAGCAAGAAUAAGAGUACUCUGACAAGAAAAGAAAGAGUCUAUGUUUUGGUCAAUUUAUUUAUUGAUAUAAAUGUUAAUUUCUCCCUUUUUUGGAGAGUUGUCUUGUAAAUAGACAGAAUUGAUAGGCAGGCUUCUUCUUUUCAAGAGGUCUGAACGUCAGAUUGUGUACGCAAUACAUUCUUUAAAAAAAGAGAAAACAGUUUUUUAUUUUUUUUUUUUACACACGGGUGCAUUAAGAAAAAGCAACCAUCACAAAAAGAGGCAAAUAAAACAUACUGAGGAUUUUUGCCAGUUCAAGUGUGUCGAAUCCAUGGCUACAGCAAGAACAGCAAACCCAGCAGCAAUGAUUGGAUUGAACAAACAAGCAAAUGGGCAGCUCAGAGGACAGCCGGGACUCCUUGCAACUGCCCAACAGCCUAGUGCUCUCCAGAAAAAGACCAGCAUUCCUCAAAGCAGUGGGGGCAUCAAGUUUGGAGAUGACUGGAAGAAAUGCCUGGAACUUCCCCCAAAAGACACCAGAAUGAAAACUUCGGAUGUGACAUCAACUAAGGGAAAUGAAUUCGAAGACUACUGCCUAAAGCGGGAACUACUAAUGGGAAUCUUUGAAAUGGGAUGGGAGAAACCGUCCCCUGUCCAGGAGGAAAGCAUCCCUAUCGCUCUGUCAGGAAGAGAUAUUUUGGCUCGGGCCAAGAAUGGUACAGGAAAAAGUGGAGCCUACCUCAUCCCUCUCCUGGAGAGGAUAGACCUGAAGAAAGAUCACAUCCAGGCCAUAGUGAUGGUGCCAACGAGAGAGUUGGCCCUGCAGGUGAGCCAGAUCAGCAUUCAGCUCAGCAAGCACCUAGGAGGGGUCAAGAUCAUGGCGACUACAGGCGGUACCAACUUGAGGGAUGACAUCAUGCGCCUCGAUGAGAUAGUGCAUGUAGUGAUCGCGACACCAGGCAGGAUACUCGACCUGAUCAAGAAGGGUGUGGCAAAAAUGGACAGGGCCCAAAUGAUUGUGAUGGAUGAGGCAGAUAAGCUGCUGUCCCAGGACUUUGUGGUCCUGAUCGAAGAUAUAAUAAGCUUCAUGUCAAAAGAUCGUCAGAUCCUGCUUUACUCUGCCACUUUCCCCAUCAGUGUGCAAAAGUUCAUGAGCAAGCACCUAAGGAAGCCUUAUGAGAUCAAUCUGAUGGAGGAACUGACCCUGAAGGGCAUCACUCAGUACUAUGCCUAUGUGACGGAAAGACAGAAGGUCCACUGUCUUAACACACUCUUUUCUAGGCUUCAGAUCAACCAGUCUAUCAUCUUCUGCAACUCCACCCAGAGGGUUGAGCUUCUGGCCAAGAAAAUCACCCAGCUGGGUUAUUCCUGCUUCUACAUCCAUGCGAAGAUGAUGCAGGAAUACAGGAACCGUGUGUUCCAUGACUUCAGGAACGGACUGUGCAGAAACCUGGUCUGCACAGACCUGUUUACUCGGGGUAUCGACAUCCAGGCAGUCAAUGUGGUCAUCAACUUUGACUUCCCCAAAAAUGCAGAGACCUACCUGCAUCGCAUCGGCAGAUCAGGGCGCUUUGGUCAUCUGGGUCUGGCGAUCAAUCUGAUAACUUCAGAUGACCGCUACAACCUGAAGAACAUUGAGGAUCAGCUGGUCACUGACAUAAAGCCCAUCCCCAGCAGCAUUGAUAAGAGCCUGUAUGUGGCAGAGUUUCACUCUGUUGACCCAGAUGCUGACGGCGACGACGAAGGUGGAGCCUUAAACAAUGAACUGGGGGCGAUCUGAGUGAAUGGAGAAAAACGGCGCCUGGCAUUCAUCACACAAUAUUGACUACGCAUCACACAAGAUCCCAAGUGAUGAUUACUGCUCCCUAUGUUGCCACCAGAAUGGUCUAUUUUAGAUUGCUCUUUAUUUCCAGUCUGAGUUUACAGCAGUUUCCAGUUCUGUCUGUCUAUAUGUUGGUAAACUGUUAUCUUCCCACUAUCGCUGCCAGAGAUGGUCACUGUACACAUGAUUUGGGCCAAUGCUUAAGUCUGUCAUUGAACUCUGCCACUCUUGACAUUGUCAUUGACAAUGUUUUUUUUUUGUACUUUGCUGUAAGAAUGAAAAUGUGAAACCAAAGGUAGACUUGGAUGAUAGAGCCCAGCUCACAUCCUCACUGUGCAGAUGAACUACACAUCCUGUGUGCACAUCCUGCUGACAGGUCUUGAGCACGUGCUUUAAAGGAAACCCACAUUUUUUAACAUCUUCACUCAGCGGCUACUUUAUUAGAUUCUUGUUUUGGUACUGGAUUGGACCCCAGUGGCAUGGAUUUAACAAGGUGCUGGAAACAUUCCCUCGACAGACCUGUUCAUGUUGACAUGACAGCCUCAUGCAGUUGCUGCACAUUUGUCAGCUGCUCGUUCCUCUUGUGGAUUUAUGUUGUGUUGGAGUGAGAUCUGGUGACACUGGAGGCCAUUGGAGGAGACUCAUUGUCUCUUUUGGGAUGACGUGUUCACUGAUCUGGCAUUAUGUCUUGCUAAUAAAUACCCAUUUGAAGAUGGCAGGUUUGGAUAGUAACUUCUGUUGUCCACCUGCCACUGUGGCUGGUGGAUUCCAAAAUCUAUCAGCAGCUCAAUAGAUCAUUAUUUUUUGGCUGGUGAGUGAAACAAAUUUAGCAGCCACUUGCAUGUUUUACCAACAUUUGGCUGGUGCUGCUAAUUUCUAACCCUGGUCGACUGGCCAUAAAGGGAUGCACAGACAUGGUCAGCAACAACAGUCCAGAAGGCACAUUUAAAUGAUGCUCAGUUUGUGCUAAGUAACCAAAACUGCUAUUAUUACACUGCCAUCACCAGCCUGAAACCUCGGACUCAUGUUGUUAAACCAACUUUUGACCAUACCAUCUGCAAGUUGCUGCAGAAUUAAAGAUUAGCAAGACCAGGCAACGUUUUUCCACCUGCUGUGCAGUGUUGGUGAGCCUGUCUCACUGCAGUUUUCUUUGUCCACCUUCCUGUCACCUUGAACCAGUCCGGCCAUUCUCGUUUGACCUCUCUCAUGAAUAAGUUGCUUUUUGUACCCCUCAGAGCUGCUACUCUUGUUUGUUUUGCCUGUCAACAUGUAGACUUGUGUGAAAAUCCCCAGGAGGUUAACGCUGACUAUCAUUCCACAGUCACAUUUCCUCCCCCUUCUGACAUUCAGUCAGGUCAGACCUCAAUGGUGUUACCAUGUCUGCAUGCUUCUACGCAUUUAGUGGUUGAUUGGCUGUUUGUUAAUGAGCAGGUGUUCCUAAUAAUGUGGCCACUGAGUGUUGUAUGUUUUUUGUUGCUUUUGCCAUCAUCCCAGGUUGGUUAUAAAAACAGUUUGCCCACCAACUCUUGGUGACAGUUGGUGAUGCAGUGUAAAAAAGACUGAUAAUACACAUAUCCCUAGUUUAACCAAAUUAACAUCCUUCAAAAGGGAACCAAAGUUGGGAGAGUAGACAAAGAAUUACAAAAGUAAGAUAGAGAUGGCUUCAGAAACCAAAAUGACCACUUGCUCUGACUGGGCUGCUGCGGUGCUCCAGUACAGAGCACCUGAAACCGUGUUGCUGAUAGUGGACUUUAUUUUAUUUUAAAAGUGUUUACUGCAGAAAUAAAACAUUACAUGACAACAGUGUAACAUCAGUGACACUGUAGUGCAUUUUAUUACAGCACAGAUCCAGUAAUUACAACAAGUCAGUAUUUAACUGUAAAGUUUCUUUGAUCCCUUUACAGUCGUCGCGCCAGGCAGCAUUUUCUCAGGUCUGACAGGAUGGGAAGAGCCUGAACUCAACAUAUUGAAACCAGGCAACUUCAUCAGUUAUUUUAACGUAGGUUCUGUAUCUGCUCUUCCCUCUGAAGUGCCUUAGUCUAACGUCAGACUCCUACUGUAUCCCACAUUUGUAUUAUAGACAAAAUGGCACCCAAACCUUCCCUUAUCAGUUGGUCUUGAAAGCACAGUCACUGCCAGAAAGGAUUUUCAGCUUUUCAUUAUUUUGCUUAUGACAAACUGUAAGUGUGACCAGCUGUGUGAUUAUCUUACAGCCUCAGACUUCUCGACUUCAGCACAAUGUCACAAACUAUAUGUAUUUCAGAUUUAAAGCAAGCAUACUGUGAAAUUUCCAGCUGACCUCUUCUUGUUUCCUUGACCGAUAUGUUACUACAAAACACCAGCAGAGAGGGGACCCACAUGUGAGCCCUCUUUCCUUCUUCGCGUCUGCCUCUUGAGUGCCCUUGUUGAUGAUAGAUUUUGGCUUCCCCUAUUUUGUAGCCUCAGUGCAGGCAACAUUUGAAUUAAUACAUGACCAUUUUCUGAGUGGGUUUGUAACCAUUUUGUCCCAUCACUGUAUCCUGGAGAAAUUACUAUCUUUAUGACUUGAUGUCCAGAGGCUUCAAGUAGAAAGACAGGCAGCAAAUUUCUGUUAUGUGUGUCAAUGCCAGCGCCUUAAUAAAAGUCCAACUGACGAACUCCUCA